AUGCACGAUUGGAGCUUACUUUCCAAUUUCCUCGUGUAUCCCCACGUUGACCCAACAGCAGCGUAUAUCCGCCUUUUCCUUCCUCCCUCAUCAAUCACGAUGUCACUGGAUCCCUUUUCAGUAUUUGCUACUUGCGCUCCCGGCGAUCUCGAGUCGCUCGACGCGGAACUCCUCAGCUUGAUCGCUGGUGACGACGACGAUACUCCGUUUUCCAUGGAGCUCGAGAGUUGCGAGAAAACGGUUGUCGAUGACUUUACACCUCUGAAGCUUUCGUCAACACCAACGGCAGUGGACGCUCUACUACACCCGGGCUUCUCGAAGCUGGAGGUACAGGACCUCAUGAACCUCCUUGCACCGGAGCCGUUGAAAAUUCCGACCUUUGUCCGCAGCUACUCGGAACCGAUUCCAAAGAUUGGAAAGCGCACGAAGAAGUGCACCUACGCCGCUCGAAGGAGAGAGGUGGCAUUUCUCCGCGAGGAAUCGAUGAAACUCGAAAAGCGGUUGAAUGACCUGCGUCUGAAUCGUGCCGUGUCAAGUCGAACCCGGGAGCGAGCAGUGCUUGAAAAGCACCACUUGGUCCAGUCCAAAGAGCAAAACAAGCGGCUUCGGGCUCUGGUGUCGAGCCAAGAGGAGAAGAUUCGCCAGGCUGACACCAGCAUGAUUGUUGACAGCCGUCCGCUGCACUUUGCUUUGUAG